AUGUUCAUAAACCGCUGAUUAUUUUCAACUAAUCAUAAAGAUAUUGGCACUCUUUACCUUCUAUUUGGUGCCUGGGCCGGUAUGGUGGGGACUGCUCUCAGUCUCCUAAUCCGGGCUGAACUAGGCCAACCUGGCACACUAUUAGGGGAUGACCAAAUUUAUAACGUAAUUGUUACUGCUCAUGCUUUUGUAAUGAUUUUCUUUAUAGUAAUACCCAUUAUAAUUGGAGGAUUCGGAAACUGAUUGGUCCCACUAAUAAUCGGAGCACCCGAUAUAGCAUUCCCCCGAAUGAACAAUAUGAGCUUCUGACUCCUCCCUCCAUCCUUUUUACUCCUACUUGCUUCAUCUAUGGUAGAAGCCGGAGCAGGAACUGGGUGAACAGUAUACCCACCCCUAGCCGGCAACCUAGCCCACGCAGGAGCAUCCGUAGAUUUAACUAUUUUCUCACUUCAUUUGGCAGGUGUUUCUUCAAUUUUAGGCGCUAUUAAUUUUAUUACUACCAUUAUUAACAUAAAACCCCCUGCCAUGUCUCAAUACCAAACACCCCUGUUUGUUUGGUCAGUCCUAAUUACUGCUGUUCUACUACUUCUAUCACUCCCAGUUUUAGCAGCAGGAAUUACCAUGUUAUUAACAGAUCGAAAUCUAAACACCACAUUCUUUGAUCCUGCUGGAGGAGGAGAUCCUAUCUUGUAUCAACACUUAUUCUGAUUCUUUGGCCAUCCAGAAGUUUACAUUUUAAUUCUACCUGGUUUUGGAAUAAUUUCACAUAUUGUUACCUACUACUCAGGUAAAAAAGAACCCUUUGGCUACAUAGGAAUAGUUUGAGCCAUAAUAUCAAUUGGCUUUCUGGGCUUUAUUGUAUGAGCCCAUCACAUGUUUACUGUAGGAAUGGACGUGGACACACGAGCAUAUUUUACAUCAGCCACUAUAAUCAUUGCCAUUCCUACUGGGGUAAAAGUAUUUAGCUGGCUGGCUACUCUUCAUGGAGGUAAUAUCAAAUGGUCCCCCGCUAUAUUAUGAGCCUUAGGCUUUAUCUUCCUAUUCACCGUAGGGGGCCUAACGGGAAUUGUACUAGCAAACUCCUCAUUAGAUAUCGUUCUUCACGACACAUACUACGUAGUAGCCCACUUCCACUAUGUCUUGUCAAUAGGAGCAGUAUUCGCUAUUAUAGGAGGCUUUGUUCAUUGAUUUCCCCUAUUCUCAGGAUAUACUCUCGACAAUACUUGGGCAAAAAUUCACUUCACAAUUAUGUUCGUGGGUGUCAACAUAACAUUCUUCCCUCAACACUUUCUAGGCCUAUCUGGAAUGCCACGACGUUACUCUGACUACCCAGAUGCAUAUACAACUUGAAAUACGAUUUCCUCAAUGGGCUCUUUCAUCUCACUAACGGCAGUUAUGUUAAUAGUCUUCAUAGUGUGAGAAGCUUUCGCGUCUAAACGAGAAGUAGCCAUAGUAGAAUUAACUACAACCAAUCUUGAGUGAUUACACGGAUGUCCCCCUCCAUACCACACAUUUGAAGAGCCAACUUACGUAUUAUUAAAAUAA